CUCCUCCUGCCUCAGCCUCCCGAGUGCUGGGAUUAUAGGUGCACCCCACCAUACCCAGCAAGAUGAACUUUUUGAAUAUCAGUCAAUUUUUGAUUGGAACCGAACUCACGACCUUGCGCUUGCCAGGCAGGCGCUUUUGCCGCUGAGCUAAAUCCCCAGCCCCAGGUAGCCAUUGAUUUUUAACCUGUGGAUAUAUUGUACUCCCAGAGGAAACUUCUGUCUCAUCUCGGGACUGCUACCUGAGAAGUUUUGUGUGCCAUGUCAAAAAAACGCAAAUGGGAUGAUGACUAUGUUCGUUACUGGUUCACCUGUACAACAGAGGUUGAUGGAACUCAAUGCCCGCAGUGUGUACUGUGUAACUCAGUAUUUUCAAAUGCUGAUCUCAGGCCCUCGAAACUAUCAGACCAUUUUAACAGACAGCAUGGUGGGAUAGCUGGGCAUGAUCUCAAUAGCCACAUGCCUGCACCAUCUGAUCAGAGUAAAACUUUGAAAACACUUGGAGUUGCAUCUCAUGAAGAUGCCUUAUUACAAGCAUCGUAUCAGUUUGCAUAUUUAUGUGCCAAGGAGAAGAAUCCUCACACAAUAGCUGAAAAGUUAGUCAAACCUUGUGCACUGGAAAUAGCACAAAUAGUUUUGGGACCAGAUGCACAAAAGAAGCUUGAGCAGGUACCUUUGUCAGAUGACGUGAUCCAUUCUAGAAUUGAUGAAAUGAGCCAGGAUAUCUUACAGCAAGUGCUAGAAGAUAUCAGAGCCAGUCCUCUUAAGGUGGGUAUUCAGCUUGCAGAGACAACGGACAUGGACAACUGCAGUCAGCUAAUGGCAUUUGUUCGAUACAUAAAAGAUAAAGAGAUUGUAGAGGAAUUCCUAUUUUGUGAACCACUACAAUUAACCAUGAAAGGAAUAGAUGUGUUCAGUCUCUUCAGAGACUUCUUUUCGAAGCACAAGAUAGCACUUGAUGUAUGUGGCUCCCUUUGUACUGAUGGUGCUUCCUCUAUGCUGGGAGAGAAUUCAGAAUUUGUUGCCUAUGUGAAAAAAGAGGCGCCUCAUAUCAUGAUCACACAUUGUCUGCUGAACCCUCAUGCACUUGUCAUACGGACAUUGCCUGUAAAACUGAGGGAUGCAUUGUUUACUGUGGUGAGGGUAAUAAAUUUCAUCAAAGGGAGAGCACCAAAUCAUCGCCUGUUUCAGGCUUUCUUUGAAGAAAUUGGUAUAGAAUAUAAUGUCCUCCUUUUCCAUACAGAAAUGAGGUGGCUUUCCCGAGGCCAAAUACUUACCCAUAUUUUUGAAAUGUACGAAGAAAUAAAUCAGUUUCUUCACCACCAAAGCAGUAAUUUAAUUGAUGGUUUUGAAAAUAAAGAGUUUAAAAUUCACCUAGCAUACCUCGCAGAUUUAUUCAAACACCUCAAUGAACUUAGCGCGUCCAUGCAGAGGAUUGGGAUGAACACCUUAUCAGCUAGAGAGAAGUUAUCUGCUUUUGUCAGGAAGUUUCCAUGUUGGCAAAAGCGAAUUGAAAAAAGAAAUUUUACCAAUUUUCCUUUUCUUGAAGAAGUAAUUGUCUCAGAUAAUGAAGGAAUAUGCAUUGCAGCGGAAAUAACACUGCAUCUGCAGCAGCUGAGCAACUUCUUCCAUGGAUAUUUUUCCGUUGGAGAUCUUGAUGAGGCGAGUAAAUGGGUUCUGGAUCCAUUUCUCUUUAACCUCGACUUUGUCGAUGAUGGUCAUUUAAUGAAAAAUGAUCUUGCUGAAUUACGAGCUAGUGGCCACAUCCUAAUGGAGUUUGAAACAAUGAAGCUUGAGGACUUUUGGUGUGCUCAGUUGACAGUGUUUCCAAACCUGGCAAAGAUAGCCCUAGAAAUCCUUAUGCCAUUUGCAACUACAUACCUUUGUGAGCUGGGAUUCUCAUCACUUUUACAUUUCAAAGCAAAGUCCAGAAGCUGCUUUAAUAUGAGGGAUGACAUCCGUGUGGCCAUUUCCAAAAAAGUUCCUCGUUUCUCAGAGAUCAUUGAGCAAAAGCUGCAGCUACAGCAGAAGUCACUGUGAGCUGAUACACACUUUUAAUGUCUGACUUUUGAGGAUGUUCUUAAUACCAUUGUAAAAUUUAGCUGAAAUCUGUUUUCUGUCCUUUUAUAAUUAUGGUACACUGAA